AUGAAUUGUUUAUCAAGCGCUUCAGUGCAGAAUAUAGCACCUCUACAAACUUAUUGGCGUAAUGAACAUGACCCAGACCUGCUUAUUUCUGUGUUUAAUACUAUUGAUCCUAAUCAUAAAAUAUUUGAAAUAAUGAAGGCUGGAUAUCUCGUUUUCCUCCCCUCUCCAUAAGUGAACAAUUUUUAUAAAAUUUACGCAUAAAUUUUAUAGUAAUUUUUUUAUUCAAAAAAAAUUUCAAUUUGUAAAAUAAAUUUACUUUGCAAAAUUUAAGUUUUAACAAGUAAGGUUUUAAAAUAAAACAGAGCUCACUUAUAUAUAAUUUUUUUUUCUAUAAAAAAUAUUUGUACGCCCACAGAGGUGGGCUUUUACCAAAAAAUAGGAUUUUUCAAUAGUUUUGUUCGCUCACAGGGGGUGCGGAGUUAGAUAGGCCAAUAUAUGAUCAAAUAAGAGCUAAAGAUGAUGCUUGUGUGCUACUGCUUCAUGCUGGAUACUUGACACCUUAUGAGAAAUAA